AUGGUUGGUCCUGGCUGGGAUUUGAUCAGGCAAAGAGACGCGGGAGGCGCGCCCGGCGGUGAGGCAGGCCUCGUUGCUGUGGCGUCGUCGGUCGGUCGGUCGGCGAUGGGCUCGGGGGUGAGGGAGCGCGGCCGGGGGGAGAGGGACCGGGGGGAGAGGGACCGGGACGGGGAGAGGGACAGGUCCCGGGACCGGGGGGAGAGGGACAGGUCCCGGGACCGGGGGGAGAGGGACAGGUCCCGGGACAGGGACCGGGGGGAGAGGGACCGGGACGGGGAGAGGGACAGGUCCCGGGACCGGGGGGAGAGGGACCGGGAUCGGGGUGAGGGGGAGAGGGACAGGUCCCGGGACAGGGAGAGGGACAGGUCCCGGGACAGGGAGAGGGACAGGUCCCGGGACAGGGACCGGGGGGAGAGGGACAGGUCCCGGGACAGGGAGAGGGACAGGUCCCGGGACAGGGACCGGGGGGAGAGGGACCGGGGGGAGAGGGACCGGGAUCGGGGUGAGGGGGAGAGGGACAGGUCCCGGGACGGGGAGAGGGACAGGUCCCGGGACAGGGACCGGGGGGAGAGGGACAGGUCCCGGGACAGGGAGAGGGACAGGUCCCGGGACAGGGACCGGGGGGAGAGGGACAGGUCCCGGGACAGGGACCGGGGGGAGAGGGACAGGUCCCGGGACAGGGACCGGGGGGAGAGGGACAGGUCCCGGGACAGGGACCAGGACUGGAGGGGUUUCCAGGGCCGGAGGGAGAGGAGCGGCAGCCACAGUCCGGACCGGCGGCGAUCGAGGCGCAGGGCCAGGCCGAGCUCCCGCCGCCGGCGCCGCUCGUCCAGCUCCCGGUCCCCCCAGUCCCAGUCCGGCCGCUCCCGACGCUCCCGGUCCCCCCGCUCGGCCUCUUCCUCCUCUUCCUCUUCCUCGUCCUCCUCCAACCGUUCGGGCAGUUCGAGCAGUGCCAGCCGCCUGCUGAGCCUCCAGGAGAAGCUGAAGGAGAAGGCGGAGAAGAAGCAGCAGAGGGAACUGGCCAAGGCCAUGGAGACCCCCGAGGAGAAGCGGGCCCGGCGCCUGGCCAGGAAAGAGGCCAAAGAGAGAAAGAAACGGGAAAAGAUGGGCUGGAGUGAGGAGUACAUGGGCUAUACCAACGCUGACAAUCCCUUUGGAGACAACAACCUGCUGGGGACCUUUAUCUGGCAAAAGGCGCUGGAAAAGAAAGGAAUUAGUCAUCUCACUGAAAAAGAUUUGAAGGACAGAAACAAGAGAAUUCAAGAGGACAACCGUUUGGAACUGCAAAAGGUGAAACAGCUGCGCCUGGAGCGGGAGCGGGAGAAAAGUCUGCGGGAACAGGAGCUGGAGAUGUUGCAGCGGGAGAAGGAAGCAGAACACUUCAAGACCUGGGCAGAACAAGAAGAUUAUUUCCAUUUGCAGCAAGCCAAAUUAAGGUCAAAGAUCCGUAUUCUGGGAGGCCGAGCAAAGCCAAUAGACCUUCUCGCUAAAUACAUCAGCGCAGAGGAUGAUGAUCUAGCUGUAGAAAUGCAUGAACCGUACACAUUCCUAAAUGGACUGACUGCUUCAGACUUGGAAGACCUUCUUGAGGAUAUCAGAGUUUACAUGGAGUUGGAACAGGGCAAGAAUGCUGACUUUUGGAGGGAUAUGACUACUAUUACUGAGGACGAAAUAAAUAACCUGAAAAAACUGGAAGCUUCAGGAAAAGGGCCAGGAGAGAGACGAGAAGGAAUCAAUACUUCAGUGAGCACUGAUGUCCAGUCAGUGUUUAAAGGGAAAACAUACAACCAGCUUCAAGCAUUGUAUCAAAACAUCGAAGCGAAAAUUAAAACUGGUGGUUCAAAUCUGGACAUUGGUUACUGGGAAUCUUUACUGCAGCAACUCAAGGCAUAUAUGGCCAGAGCCAGGCUGCGUGAAAGACAUCAGGAUGUGUUGCGACAGAAACUUUACAAACUGAAGCAGGAGCAGGGAGUAGAAAGCGAGCCCUUGUUUCCGAUUCUAAAGAGCGAACCGCAGUCUCCCAAGGACAAUAAAGAUCACAGCAACCUUUCCUCAUCCGACCAUUCUAGUACAGAGAACUCUCCUCUCAGGUCAAAAGGUGAAGACAAGGAAGUAACAGGCACUUCAGAAGCAAAUGCAGAAGAGGAGAAUGCAGAGGGUGAGGCUGAAGGAGAAGCAGUGCUCACUGAGGAGGACCUAAUACAACAGAGCCUGGAUGAUUAUGAUGCUGGCAAAUACAGUCCAAGGUUACUCAGUACACACGAACUGCCUAUGGACACUCAUAUAGUAGAUGCUGAUGAAGACCUGCAAAAGCUAAUGAUGGCAAGGCAGCAGCUGCAAGUGACAGGUGAUGCCAGUGAGAGUGCUGAAGAUGCAUUUGUGCGCAAGGCCAAGGAGGGAAUGGGAACUGAUGAAGCUCAGUUCAGCGUGGAGAUGCCCUUGACUGGCAAAGUCUACCUGUGGGCUGACAAAUACCGACCCAGGAAACCACGGUUCUUCAAUCGUGUCCAUACCGGCUUUGAGUGGAACAAGUACAACCAAACCCAUUACGAUUUUGACAACCCUCCUCCUAAGAUUGUCCAGGGUUACAAAUUCAACAUUUUUUACCCAGACCUCAUUGAUAAAAGGGCAACCCCUCAAUAUUUUCUUGAGCCAUGUGUGGACAACAAAGAUUUUGCCAUUCUUCGCUUCCAUGCUGGUCCUCCAUACGAAGACAUUGCUUUUAAAAUUGUUAACCGGGAAUGGGAGUACUCUCACCGGCAUGGUUUCAGAUGUCAGUUUGCCAAUGGAAUAUUUCAACUGUGGUUCCAUUUUAAAAGGUAUCGCUACCGAAGAUAGAAAUGCCAGAGAUAAAACUACAUGACUGGUUAUCAUUGUCAAGUUGCAUUCGUUUGUGGAACUGCCAACCAGUAAUAUAUGCUGCAUGAGACUUUGAAAGGGACGUGGCCAUGCAGGACAAUUAAGGAUUUUUUCCAAUGAUGCGCGAUAAUUUUAACCAUCCCCACACUCAUUAUUUUCCUGGUACAGUUCCUGUGAUUAUUGCAACACAAUUUAAUUCAAUUCUGCUCAGCUGGAAGAACUGAAACUCUUAAAAUAUUGUAUACUUUGUGUUGUAUCGUUAGUUUUACUUCCUUAUACUCUUGCUGUGAUACCUAGCACUUUUUAAUUUUUACCUCUGAUUUACCUUGUCCGUUCUGUGAGGAUGUCACUGCAACAAAUGCAUAAUUUUUACUCUUUGGAUCAAUGCAUUGGGAAUCUGAUGUGCAGGUUGCUAUACAAUCCCUACAUCUAGCUUUUAUGACCUGAAUUAUUGGUGAAGACAUUUCUAUUCUGUUGUAGGAUGGCCAUUUCACCAGCAGUCAUAAAGAUCUGUUUUGACACAAACAACAGAUAAUUAAAAUAUUUCUUUGACAGUCCUAAAAAAUGUUUUUUCAUCAUAUCAUGGGAUUGUUGUAAUCCAUCUAAGCACCUGGACAAAGCUCUGAUUUAAAAGGGAAUGUAAUAUUUAUCCUAAUAAAGGUGGCAGGUCUAAUAAUGGGUUAUUCCCAGAACACUAGACUGUCAAUCAAGAUUAUGUGCUAAAUUCCUGAUGUAGGAUUUGAUUCUUCCAUGCUUGUACUGUAUCCUCAGAUUUCUUGCUAUUUUAUCUGUAGAGAAGUGCCCCAUAAUCUAGGGUUUGUAUCAUUUAAAGUUUUGCAUCUGGUGUCAUAUAAUUUCCCAUACAAAAACUAUCACACACUGAGCUCACAAUGCGGUAAAAGUAAGUAAUUUGUUUAACUUAUCUGUAAAAUUACCAAAUGUAAUGGAGCCGAUUUUCAUUCACUCCACGUGUUAUUUUGAUUGAGAACCAAUGAAGAAUUGGACAAAAACAGAAAAUUGAGCCAUAUUUUGUUUUCUCAAGCUGCCAUUCAAUGAAAAAUAAGUGUAUGAAAACAGGUCACUCAGUACUUUGGACAGUUUUUUUUCAGUCAGUUGGUAAAUGCAACAGGUUAUAGUCACUGUUGUCAAAUGUAUUUAAGGAAAGGCACAACUGUAAGAAGCAAGUAAAGUUGCAAAUAAGAUUAGUUACUUGUGGAAAGAUUGAUAACUACUUAAGUCUGCUUGGUUUUCAUUUGGAAAUGCACUGUACUGAAACUUUUAAUAGCUGUUAACAAAUUCUUAGUGUCCAAUGAAGUGUGAGUUGCCUUUGCCCUACUCCUUUGAAGUUAAGUCAUCCACGCAGUAUAAUCUGGAACAUAAAACAAGGUAAAAAGGACCAAGAUAAGAGUUUUUGUUCCUGUGGAAAAAAUUUGUGCAUUACGAUUGUUGCAGCAUUUUCUGUUUCCUUGUACAAUCAGUUACCCAGGAUAGAAUAUAAUUCUGUCAAUCUUCCAAUUAAUUGUGAAUGUUGAAGAAAAUAACUUAAAAUCACCUUUUCAGAAUUUUGUACAGUUUACAUGAAUAAACAUAUUAACUUUA